AUGACUUCCAAGCCUCGAUUCGCGAUCCUCGAUGACUACCAAGGCAUUGCGCCCGCGCAUUUCGCCCGCCUCCAAGACCGUGUCGAGAUUGUUUCCUUCCCCGAGACUCUCGACCCGCGCGAUCCCGCUCAGCAAGAUGCCCUCGUGCAACGGCUACUCCCCUUCGAUAUCGUGCUCGCCAUGCGCGAGCGGACGCCCUUCGCCGCGUCGACCAUCGCCGCCCUCCCGAACCUCCGCCUGGUGUUGACGACCGGCACUCGCAACCUUUCCCUCGAUCUUAACGCCUUCUCUAAACACGGGAUCCAAGUGGCUGGCACGGAAGGUCGGCCACCAGGCGUUAACUCGACUGUACAGCAUACCUGGGCCUUAAUCCUGGCGCUGGCCCGACAUGUGGCGCGCGAUGACGCUGCGGUGAAGCAGGGGAAAUGGCAGGGCUCUCUUGGAAUCAACCUCUCUGGCAAGACACUGGGCCUCUUGGGCCUGGGCAAGCUCGGCGCAGCCGUCGGUGUGAUUGCUAUCCAGGCCUUUGGCAUGCGUGUUCUGGCCUGGUCGACGAACCUUAGCCAGGACAAAGCCGACGAGGCGGCCCAAGCGAACGGCUUGCCCCGCGGGAGUUUUGCAGUGGCUCCCUCCAAAUCCGACUUCUUCGCUCAGGCCGACGUGGUCUCGAUACACAAUGUACUCUCCGAGCGCAGUCGCGGCAUCGUCGGCGCCGCCGAAUUGGCCACUAUGAAGACCAGUGCGAUGAUCAUCAAUACCUCGCGCGGGCCCUUGAUUGACGAGACCGCGCUCCUGGAAACCCUGCACGCCGGGCGCAUCCGCGGGGCCGCCCUGGAUGUCUUCGAUCCAGAGCCCUUGCCUUUGGACAGCGCCUGGCGCACAACGGCCUGGGGUCAAGAGGGACGCAGCGAGGUGCUCUUAUCUCCGCAUAUGGGCUAUGGAGAAGAGGAAUUGGUUCACGGAUGGUACGCGGAGGCAGCGGACAACCUAGAGCGGUGGUUGAAUGGGCAGGAGCUGGUACGGAAGAUGAACUAG